AGACCUAAUGGACAACACUCUUGGAAUUGAUUGCCCACAGAACUACCCCUUCAACAACUCUUGUGUUAGCACUGGAACUCCUAGAAGAUUAAGUAGAGAUUUUGAAGAAGGGCUUGUUGGUGACAUUAUACAACCUAGAAAAAGAAUCAAACUAAAUGAUCCAGAUGAAUCAUUUGGUCCAACUCUCCGUUCUCAUUCAACUCCUAGAAGAUCAGUCCGAAUUAAGAAAGCAACGAAUGAAAAACAGAGUAUAGCCGAAUCUUCUAAGCCAGGCAUCUCAACUGUUGCAUGUGGUAAAAUUGUUAUAAAACCAAGAGUUUACAGGCAUCAAGCUCCUAUCCUUCCAAAGCCAAACAGAACACUAGAAUUAAGGAAACAGGCAGCCCUCAAGCGUAGCGGAAAGGUAAAACAAACAUCAAAUGCUGUUGUCAUGAAGCCUCACUUUCAGAAACCUAAGCUUGCUCACACUGUUCCUAAAACUCCUGAAUUCAUCCGACGAAUGAGAGGUCAAAGAAGACGUCCCGUCAACCACAAGUCUCAUGCUGAGAAGGAAAAGGAGGAAGUAGAUGCCAUGAGGAAGUACAAGUUCAAGGCUGCACCAGUGCCUAAAGCUGUCAAAAAGCCUGCUGGUCUCCCAGCAAGAGUAAAAUCUGAUAAACCAUCCACUAAAGCAGUGACUCCUAAACUUACAAAGGGAAAGAAAAGGAAGUUUGUUGAGGAAAAGCCAAAAGAGUUUAAAGCUCAACCUGUGCCUGACUUCAGUAAGAAAGGUGCAACUAUGAAACCUGAUAAGACUGAAAAGAAGGCAGUAGAUUUGAAGCCAUUCUCAUUCGAUAAGAGAUAUACGGAUCCUAAUCAGAGCAGAGCUAAAUUAUUAGAAAAUCAUCUGAAGGAGCUCAAAGAACAGACAGCGUUUAAAGCAACCCCGUACUUCAAGCCUGGAUCUAGCAUUGCAAAAGAAAACAAGAAACCCACCAAAUUGGGUAUCAAGAAAGGGAACAAAUUCGUGCUACCUGGUGAGGCUAUUUCAAAGCGAAAGAAGGAGGCUUUUCAGAAAAAGAUUCGAGAAGAAGCCGAAAAGCAAAAAGCUAAGGCAAACUUCAGAGCGUCCUCCAUUCGAGGGAAGUAAAGGAAAUCCAUGUAAACUUAAAUCUAAUGAACACAAGACAUCAUUUGUUCUUUAUCCCUUCAUAACAAUGUGGCAUUGAAGAUUGAACUAUAAUUGGAACCCAGAGAAUUAUUGAAUUAUAAGAUAAUAUUCUGUAUAAAGUUGUAAAGAAGGUCCAAGAGCUCUGGAUAUAUUAAUUUUCAAUAAUUGAUCACAAAAUGAAUAGUUUUGAAUAAAAAAUAAAAGAAGUAUAUAUAAGUGCAUGUGGUUUCUUUCAACCACCUCAUUUCCUGUUUGUCUGCAUGAACCGCAUGAAAAAUAAUAAUCGAAAUAAUCGACAUUUUGAAAAUUGAUUCUUUGACUGAACUAACAGUUCAAAAUUGCAUUCUGUAAAUGUAUUUGCUCAGUCCCGUUCAGAGAGUGUUUUUAUUCUUCAAUGAAGAAUUAGAAACCAAUUUGAGUACGCAGCUACAUCUCAUCAUGAUGUUCUAUUUUAUAAGCUCUGACAACCACAAUCGAGGUACAUACUAAAAUAUGGAAAUAUCUGAUCAGCCUGGGUGACAUAAACACUCACUGUAAACUUAGUUCGGAAUGUUUUUAAUAUUAGACACAUGUUUUAAAAUGGUUUUUAGCAAUAAUUCCUAUUUUGUAUGAUAUUUUGGUAUUAAUUAUGUUCUCAUCAGCUCUAAUAUAGAAUAAAUUAUUUAGAUCCUGCAGUAUAAUUGUGUUUUACUGGAAAUUACUUGAAUAAGUGCUGAAGUGCUCCUGUUCUAAUAAAUUUUGUUUUAAAUCCAAUUAGCAAAAGCUAUAUCUAUAUAUAGUUAUGAGCAUAAUCUCUGCUGAAUGCUGAUGUUAAUUUUUAAUCGAUUGCAUUGAAACUUUAACAUCUCUAAUUUUCCAGAGUCUAGCUUAUGACUGAAGGUAGAGAUUGUAUGAAAGAAGCUGAUUAUAUGAAGAACUGCAACUGUGAUGAACAAUGUAGCCACAUUAAAAUAGAAAUAAAAACCGAGGAAGAAGAAUCACGAGAUAGGAAAGGAGGUUUCCGCUGUCCUAAAGGCUCAGGACACUACUUUUAUGAUGAAUAUUUUGAUAAUCAUAUCAGGGCACAUUGCAGCGACUUUAUUGAUACAAAUCAGACUGAUAAAGGUAUAGGAAACUCAACGAAAAUGCAGGCUACUGUUUACAACAAGAUUUAUAAUUCCAAGCCCAAUACCUAUGUUGACCAACAUUUUGCACAGUCUACGCGAGCAAUCUCUGAAAAUUAUCAAAAAACCUCAGAACUGACUAACUACUCCGUGAAAGCUUACAUUGAGCAAGAAAAGGUGCCAUCGAAUCUGUUAAAGUUUAACUGUUCAGAUUGUUCAUAUUCUACUAAUCGAAAGUUAAAUUUCAUUGGCCACCGUGGAAUUCAUAACGAUGUGAAACCUUUUCAUUGUUCAAGUUGCUCAUAUGCCUCUUUUAGGAAACGAGAUCUUAAUAGACACCAGAUGAACCAUUUAAAGGAAAAGCCUUACAAAUGUUCCAAUUGUCCUUUUUCCACUGGUGAUAAAUAAUAUUUUACAGUUCACCAGAGAAAUCAUUCUGGUGAAAAACCCUUCAAGUGUUCAGAUUGUCCUUUUUCUGCUUUUCAGAAAUCAAAUCCUACAAUUCACCAGAGAAAUCAUUCUGGUGAAAAACCCUUCAAGUGUUCAGAUUGUUCUUAUUCUUCUGGUAGCAAAUCGAAUCUUAAAGUUCACCAUAGAAUUCAUUUCGGUGAAACAGCCUUCAAGUGAUCUGCCUGUCCUUUUGCUUUUACCCACAAAUCAGAUAUUAAAGUUCAUCGGAGAACUCAUUCCUGUGAAAAACCUUAUUCUGUUCAAGUUCAGAUAUCAAAUAUUAAAGUUCACCAGAGACUUCACAGUUCACACUGAUAAAAAACUUUAAAAUUGUUCAGUUUUUCCUUAUCCUAGUUUCCACUGAUAAGAAAUGAAACAUAAUAAAUUCAAUUAAGCUUUAAAUAAUU